CAGCUCCAUUCUGACGUGCCUGCGUGUUAUUGUGCAAAUCCAAUGCAUUGGGCUGGCUCAGAGAUCAAUUUUGCAAGCGAGUAAAUCACUUCUGCACGCAGGCGAACGUAUCGCGGGAAGAUAAAUCUCUGCGAAUGCUGGCCCGGAACAGAUCACAAACCCCAUCAUCCACAGGCAACGCGCGAGCGACACCAGCAUAGCCGCGAAAGGGGCUGGAAGGACCCGAGGGGGCGGAGCGGAUGGAGGAGGGGGCGGAGCUUCAGUGUCCCCGCCUCGGAAUUCCCAGGAAGAAGCGACGUCACUCGUUUCGCCGAACGCUCACAUGGCCGCGGCUGCUUCCGGGAUGGAGGAGGAGGAGGAGGAAAUAUGGUUGAUGGACUCCCUGAGGCUAUACAAUGACCUCCAUCUCUUUGAACUUCCUGGGCCUACCAGAGUCAUCGAAUGGACAGGAGACCAACGCAUUUGUGUCGCUGGAUACGAGCACGGGAGCAAGAACGAAAUUUUGCAGCUCCUUCUGCCUCCGAGGCUGCUUGCAAAACAAAAUAAGGGCUUAUGUGCGGAGAGAGAUUUCAAGGUUGAAAGGGGUGGAAUCUGUGAUCGCCCCAUCUUCAGGCUCAAACAUGUCCCAGGAACCAGCUUGCUGGUAACCAGUGGCCCACCAGACAGUGCUCUGCAGGUUUGGCGUGUGGAAUCAGAUGAAACAGGUAUGAUUAAGCUACUGAGUGUCAUCUCUCCCACAAAGACAGAAGAUAGUUCCUGGUCCAAAAUUGCAACCAGCUGUGCCAAACCAGCCUGCAUCCUCCACGGGCAAAGAAUCUGCAAUCUCCAAAUGAUGGAAAUUGAAUCAGGGCAGAAUCUUUGGGUGGCAGCCUCUGCCUGCCCUGACAAAAUCGCCAGUCUGGGCUUCCUGGAUGAAGUCACUGCUGUGGUGUGUGGUGCCAAAGGGCAGCUGUUCCUUGUGGACUUCCGGCAGCGCCAGGGCAUUCUGGGAGCUCUCGAAGAGACUCAGACCCCUUGGACCCAGACAGAGAGGCUGAGCUGGUGUGCAGGAAUCAGCUCUGGAGAGACACCACUGAUUGCCCGUCUCUCCUUGGAUGGCCUCGUUGUGUUGACGGACAUCAGACACCCCUCCAGCCCCCUGAAAGUGGCCCAGUGCUGCGUUCCCACCCCUAACGUCCGUGGGGUAGAUUUCCUGUCCAUCAGCUUUGCACCUGUACUGGGCAACACCUUAGCGGUGUCAGGUUUCGACGGGACCGUUCAGGUCUACAAUGCAAAAGACUGGGAUUCCUCAGGGCAGGAAGCCAAACCAGUAUUCAUUCACAAAGGACACAUCUUUGGCACCCCAGGCAAGGAGGGGGGCAGUCCGGUGGUCACCACCCACACUUGGCACCCUUGGAAGCCCCAGACAUUACUCUCGGCUGCAAGCGAUGGAUCACUGCACGUGUGGGACUGGUCUGACCCUCAAGCAAGUGGGCCAGUCUGACACCCUCUGCCUUCCUUGUCUUAGGGAAUGUUCUCUGAGGUCCCCUGCAGUCCCUGCUCUUCACCACAUAUCCUGGAUCUAAUGAUAUGUGGGAAUAACCUUGGGAGACAGAAGGAAGAGCUGAGAAUCUCAGACAUUUGGUUAGUUUAGGGCAGGGGUAGGCAACCUUGGCUCUUUUAUGACUUGUGGACUUCAACUCCCAGAAUUCCUGAGCCAGCCAUGCUGAGGGGAAGGGAGAGGUUUCUAAGCUGAGCCAUGCUGGCUCAGGAAUUCUGGGAGUUGAAGUCCACGAGUCAUAAAAGAGCCAAGGUUGCCUACCCCUGGUUUAGGGUGUCUCAAUCUUGGCAGAUGGAAGAUGCGUGGAUUUCCACUCCCAGAAUUCCCCAGUUGGCACAGAUGGACUACUCCUCCCAGGAUCUCCCAGCUGGCAUAGGAGAACUUUUCACCAAGCACUGACCAUGAAGCCGGAUAACUUGCUGCUCCUUUGAAGCUAUAUCACAACUUUCUCAAACUGUUGUUAAGUCCAUCCGUUUAUAAACACACAUAUACAUUCUGGACAUCUGACACGUGGCAUGCUUGCUAUCCCUAAUUGCAUUCAGUUUCAGAUAGCAUAUGGUUUCUUUAAGUGAAUUGGAUCCCAUAAGAAUUUGCUCCUUCCUCUUGCUUUGGAAAACUGAAAACCCAAAAGCUCUGCUACAUAUUCAUCAGCAGCAGAAUUUGAGCGGAUCUUCUCCAGGCUGAAGGCCAAGGGAGAUGGCAAAGCUCCUGUCCUGGAAUGUUAAUGGAU